UCGGCCCUUACUCAAUGUCCCUGUAAAACUUCUCCUGUACACACCUACAAGUGCCUAUCAGCUCUCUCAACCUUCUCGCCAACCUACCUCUGCUUUUCAAUCGAGUACGCCGGUGCUGCGUUUGGACAAUUGACUUGCUGAGCAAUUCAGUUCUGUCCGCGGCGACAAGUCUGGCUCUUAAAAGAGACCAGCGGUAGUACUGUACUCGAUCCCGAACGCCUCCCGGACCUUCCUAUCCGUCCUUCGUCCUCUCGUCCCUUUCGAACAUCAAGUACGACGGAGUACAGGCAUUGUCUGGCCAAGAUCUAUUCGACGAAUCGCUCAAUCGAAGAAAAAUCGUUCAAUUGCCGCUGUCAGUCAGAUAAGCCGGCAGCUCCUUGAUACUAGUGCUACCCCGCCAUUACUACCUACGCUUUGUCUCACCAUGUCUACACCGCCUAACAACGGAGCGGCAUCCAAGUCCAGCGACCCCCUCAAGCGGGUUGACCUUGACGGACACGAUCUCCCUCCUUCUCCCGCGCCGUCCAGUCCUCGCAACGGUCGUCGCCGCUAUGCUCUCGCCACUGAGCUGGUCUACACUGAUAGCAACGACCAGUAUGGCGCAUCCAGCAUCCCCAUCUACCAGUCCGCCACCUUCAAGCAGACCAGUGCCAAUGGCGGCGGCGAGUACGACUACACCAGGUCCGGCAACCCGACUCGCACUCAUCUUGAGCGCCACCUGGCCAAGAUCAUGAAUGCCACGAGGGCUUUGGCCGUCGGCUCCGGCAUGGGUGCACUGGAUGUUAUCUCCCGGUUGUUGCGCCCCGGCGACGAGGUGAUCACCGGUGAUGACUUGUACGGAGGCACCAACCGCCUUCUCACGUACUUGGCAUCCAACCAGGGCAUUGUCGUUCACCAUGUCGACACUACCAAUGUGGAGAACAUCAGCCCCGUCAUCUCUGAAAAGACGGCCAUGGUCCUGCUGGAGACGCCGACGAACCCUCUUAUCAAGGUCGUCGACAUUCCCUCCAUUGCCAAGCUUGUUCACGAGGCCAACGACAAGGCCUUGGUUGUUGUGGAUAACACCAUGCUCUCGCCCAUGCUCCUGAACCCCCUGGACAUUGGUGCAGACAUUGUCUACGAGUCUGGAACAAAGUACCUGUCCGGACACCAUGAUAUCAUGGCCGGUGUGAUUGGUGUUAACGAUUCCGAGAUCGGCAACAAGCUGUAUUUCACCAUCAACUCCACCGGGUGCGGUCUUUCGCCGAAUGACUCCUUCUUGCUUAUGAGAGGCAUCAAGACCCUCGCAAUCCGCAUGGAGAAGCAGCAAGCCAACGCCCAGCAGAUUGCCGAGUUCCUCGAGUCCCAUGGAUUCAAGGUCCGAUACCCGGGACUUAAGUCGCACCCCCAGUACGACCUGCACUGGUCCAUGGCACGAGGUGCAGGUGCCGUUUUGUCAUUUGAGACGGGCGACGCGGCGCUUUCGGAGAGGAUUGUCGAAGCCGCUAAGCUGUAUAGUAUCAGCGUUAGCUUCGGCUGUGUCAACAGUCUGAUUAGCAUGCCCUGCCAGAUGAGCCACGCCAGCAUUGACGCCAAGACCCGGAAGGAGAGGCAGAUGCCGGAAGACCUCAUCCGCUUGUGCGUGGGCAUCGAGGACGCUACGGACCUGAUUGAAGACCUUUCGCGAGCUCUUGUUCAGGCCGGCGCGGUCAACGUGACCUUGGACGGGUUCCACGCGACUGAAGCUGUCCAGCAGGCUUAA